GUGAGAGCUGUUGAAAGAACCCUGACUCAGUCUCACGAUGACCACUGUUCAGCUCUCCCGAGACACCAGAACACUGAAGGCGUCUAAGAGCACAAUUUUCCCAUCCCAAAUCACUAAUGAGCAUGAGUCACUGGUAAUGGUGAAGAAACUUUUUGCUGCUUCUAUCUCAUGUAUAACAUAUUUGAGGGGCCUGUUUCCAGAGAGCUCUUACAGAGAUCGCCAUUUAGAUGACCUCAGUUUAAAAAUUCUCCGGGAAGACAAAAAGUGUCCUGGGUCAUUACAUAUUAUUAAAUGGAUUCAAGGUUGUUUUGAUGCUUUGGAAAAGAGAUACCUUCACAUGGCAGUGCUAACACUGUACACAAACCCCAAGGAACCUGAGAAAGUGACUGAGAUAUACCAAUUCAAAUUCAAAUACACAAAGAAGGGAACCACCAUGGACUUUGACAGUAGUAGUACAAGCUUUGAAAGUGGGACAAACAGUGAAGAUAUUAAGAAAGCCUGUUCCCUACUAAUCCGUCAAUUGUAUAUACUGAUGCAGAACCUUGGACCCCUUCCUAAUGAUGUUAUACUUACCAUGAAACUCCAUUAUUAUAAUUCAGUGACCCCAUAUGAUUACCAACCCCCUGGUUUUAAAGAAGGCGUGAAUUCACAUUUCCUACUGUUUGAUGGGGAGCCUGUGAGCCUUCGAAUGGGUUCAGUCUCCUCUGGCUUUCACAGCAUGAAAGUGAAAGUCACAACUGAGGCCACGAGAAUGCUUGAUGCCGGGGGGAACAGCCCCGUUCAGGAGAAUGGCACUACUGAGAUAGCCCAUCAGGGUCUUGACUGUGAGGAGGAAGAAGAGGAUAGCAGCAACCAAAUUCAAAGAAUGAAUUGUGUACACAUUGAGCCAAGUUUUGAAAGCUCCAGGAAGAAGAAGAAGAUCAGUGAGCCAGUGAAAGUCUUCAUCCAUAACAGAAAAUGA